GAUUACCUCAAGUACAGUCUCGAGUACAGUGGAGUUUCCUUUCACUUUUGAAGUCAUUUCCUUUGGUUCAUAUUGUCCAAAGCUAGCUGAGAUUCAAUCCAGAAAAUAGCUUGAACUGCCUCUUUUGCAAGCCUCAGCCUGCUUCAGAGCUCAUCUCAGAUCUCUCAGUUGGUCGUGCAUCCAAAAUUCAUCCAUGGUUACCAAAACUACCCCGCAAGACUCGCACUCAAAUAGCUUUGUCACUGUAGCCAUGGAGACGGGAUGCGACGCGGCAUUUGAAACCCUAGUACUGAAAUCACUGGUCCCUUCGCCUCCUUCCAUCUCCGACGGAGCGCCAUCACCUCCGUCGAGCACGCGGCCCGGCCACCAUCUCCUUCGCAGGAUUGAAGUGGAGGAAUCUGCAUAUCCAGAACUUUGGGUAUGGCAUCAGCAGCUCCUAAAUCAGCUUGCUGUGUCAAGCUUAGGAAACCCAGAUGCUGUUGUGCUUUUCAGUCUUUGCGGCAACUAA